UAUAUAAUAUAUAACAUAAUGGUCACAAAGAAUAACAAGAGAAAGUCUGAAGAAUUCGAAGAGGACCGUGUUACAUUCAGCGAUGCCGAGGAGGACAACGACAAUACAGAUGAUGAAAUGAAUGAUGAUGGUGAUGACAAUGAUAACAAUGAUAAUGACAAUGAAGACAAUGGCGAAGACAAUGAAGACAAUGGAAACGAAGAUGAUGAUUAUGCAUAUGGAGAUGAAAAUGCUGGUGAAGGAGGCGCAGAGAAGAAGGAUAAACUACCUCGCAAGUCAAAGAAAGAGAAGCGUGAUGAGAAGUUGUUGAAGAAGGCCAAGUGGGACCCAUCAACAGAGAUGGUAUAUGAGUCGAAGCUCGUCUGGGAGCAACUGAAGCGUGUCAAGCUUGCAAAGGAGAAGCGUGAUCCACUAGUCAAGGAAUUGCUCGAGAAGAUGAAGGGAAAGUUAAAGGAUGUAAUCGCAGUCAAGCAUGAUGCAUCAAGAAUCAUCCAGUGUUUGGUAAAAUAUGCCACGAACGAACAGAGAGAGAUGAUCUUUGGAGAGUUGAAGGACGACAUAUUGAGACUGUCGGCCAAUCAGUAUGGCCGCUUCCUCGUGUUGAAGCUGCUAAAGUACGGCACAAAGGAGCACAGGAACAAGAUCAUCGAGUCGUUCUACGGCAACGUCGUCAAGCUGGUGUCCAACAGGGAGUCGGCCGAGAUUGUCGAGAACGCCUACGCCAAGUACGCCGACAAGGUGCAAAAGACCGCGAUCAUCGAGGAGUUCUACGGCGAUGAGUUCAAGCUGUUCAAGCCGACCGAGUCGCGCACCCUGCAACAGGUGCUUGAGAAGCAGCCCGCCAAGAAGGAGGGCAUCGUCACCAACUUGGCCAAGAAGCUCACCAAGAUCCUGAGCAACAAGGGAGAGGCCCUCGUGCAGUACACGCUCGUGCAGAGACUGCUGGUCACAUUCUUUGAGUUCUCGACGCCCGCCAACAACGCCGAUAUGGCCGACACGCUGGCCGAGAUCAUCAUGCCAAUGCUGCACACCAAGGACGGCGCACUCGUCGCCUACUACGCCAUCUCGUACGCCAGUGCCAAGACCCGUAAGACCAUCAUCAAGUCGAUGAAGUCGCUCGUCACCAAGGUCGCCUGUGAGGAGUACGGCAACCUCGCCCUCAUCCGUCUGCUCGACUGUACAGACGACACACUCUUUGUCACCAAGUCCAUCAUUGGCGAGUUGAUCCCAGACCUCCCCGAGCUUGCCAACUCCAAAUAUGGACAUCUUUGGAUCAUGCAUAUUCUCGCACCAUACACUCCACAGAACUUCUCUGCCAACUAUAUCACUUUGUUGACGCCAAACGUAAAGAAUGUGGACGGCGUGGAGACCGCCACCAGCAAGAAGGACAGAGACACCAGACGCAAGGAGCUGCUCGACUUCAUUUCACCAAAGUUGAUCGAUCUGUGCGCCAAUCACAUCAGCUCGCUGUUCACCACCAUGUGGGGAGCACGCGUUCUCAACCUUACAUUGCGCGAGGCAGCUGGCAACAAGAUUAUUUUAGUUAACAGACUGAUCGAGACUCUGGCCAACGACACCGAGCUACUAUCAGCACAUGGACCAAACAUCCAAUUACUCUUCAAGAACGAAUACAUCAAGCAAUCAGACUUUGCAAGCAACGUGUUUGAGAAGGUCAAGAGCAAGUUUAUCGAUAUGGCCACGGCUGAUGCCAACACGGCAUACGUGAUGAGAGAGGUUGUUAAGAAUCUGCCAGAGGAGAAGCGUAAGGUGGCCAUCGAUCUGGUCACCAAGUCAAAGGAUAAACUGGAGAAGGCCUCGGCCAAGAACCCAGGCGCCAAGACCAUCCUGAGUCUGUUAACCCCACCAGCCCAACAAACAACCGCCAAGAAAUCAACUACUACAACUACCACCACCACAUCUACCAAGCCAGCCAAGGGAGAAGCCCCUGCCAAGCCCGCCGCCAAGCCUGUUGCCAAGGCUGGCGCAGCCACCAAGUCGAAA